AUGAUGACACUCUUACUUGAAAGCGUCGUUGCAUUUAGCGAGACUUGGAUCGAGUGCCUAGGUGAUUUAGCACGAUAUCGUAUGGCGGUGGAAGAGUCUGAUAUGAGAGACCGGGAGGUUUGGGCCGGAGUCUCGCGAUACUGGUACAAUCAAGACGCUGAUCGCAGCCCUGAAGUGGGUCGUAUUCAACAUCAUCUUGCAGUAUUAGCUCGUCCAGACGUGCUUCAGCAGCUUUUCCACUACACCAAAGCGCUAGUGAGUGUACGUCCUUUCCCUAAUGCGCGAGAGAGUGUGGUCCUUCUCUUCGGUCCGUAUAAUGGACAAGAUCAAAAUUUGAAUCAACACACAAUGGUCACUGCUUUUAUAGCUACUCACAGUGCCCUAUUCAAUCAAUGGCCGGCUGAUCAAUUCGUCGCCUUGGCAAAUCACUUCUUGAUACUCUUGCGGCAAGAAUCCCGGCACCUGGGUCGUCAGGGUCAAACAGGGGUUUACAUUAUGUCGUGUAAUUUCGCGUCGAUCCUUCAAUACGGCGAUAACGAAGUCGAUGCUGAUAUAGGGAUGGAAUUUGCUCAUAAAAAUGAUGCAUCAGCCGCAGGUGCUUCUGAAUUCGCGCUCAACUGGACGUCAGGUUUGGACUUGGGUUCAAAAGGCAAAAUCAAAGAAAAGGGCCAGCCAACAGAUCCUAGCGCCCAUCUCCCUCCAAUGGCUUUUCACGGCAGUACUCUUGCCUUUCACACACUUUCUGUCUUGCUCGAUCAACUAGGUGACCCUAGUAUAUACCCAAGUGUACAUAUCUCAUUAUCAUUCAUCUGGAGCCUUGCUCUCCACCCUCUCGCCAUGCAACCAGUCGACGCAUUUAUCCCGUGGGUCAGCAUCGGGAGAUUCCUCAACACUCUCAUCGACUCUUUCAUCAAAGCCCUCAUUGAGUCCGACAUCGACCCCGACAGCAAGUUCAACGAAAUCGAAGACAGAAACUUCCCACUGGAGGAUAUGCCGACUCGCCAUCUACCGGAGGAUUUCCUCAUCCGCGGUCAAUCCUGGAGCCAGCUAUACUACCCCGACAAAUUUUUCCAAGGAGCCCCCUCGGAGGACGACAGGCCCGUUAUUGAACCGAGUACCACUCCCAUUCCUCGCAUGCAUAGAUGCCUCUGGCUAGGCGUGCAAAUAGCAACGGUUUGUCGCAUUUUUCUUUGGUUCUAG